CCCUUUUGUGUCAUAGACCAGCUUUCCCUCCGCAUCUCGCUUGUUCACCUCCACCAGGAAGUUCGCCUCCUCCUUCCCUUUCUUCAUUCCCGAUGUCCCCUUGGGCAUGGCCCGUGCCGACAACGAUCCCUCUGGCCGCUUCUUGUGUGUCGUGGCGUUGUCGUAUACAAAAAUGUGAUCGAAUUCCGGCCACAACUCCUGGACAAGAUCACAAGCCGUGUUUGCCUGCUCCAACACCUCCUCCGAAAUCAUCCGGGUUCCGUAGCCAGCCAAAGUCUGGCGAGAAGAAGUCGGCGACCAUGAAGGAAUAUCCUUCCCCUUUACGAAGAUACUUUCAUCGUGGUACCAGAUGAUGACGCGACGACCUGACACAGUGGAGUUGGGAAUAGGGUUUCCGUUGUUGUCGAAGGCCAGGACACGCUUUUGCAGGUCAAAGAUUCGCGAUAAUUCUGUGCCGUUGACUUGGAAACCGUUUUAUCGAUGCCGUGUGUGACCUGGACCCCCGGCGAACAGCAAAAACAGGCGGAUGUCUUCUGCCAGAUCCUCAUCCGACAGCAUACACUUGAUCCAUUCACCAUAUGGAUUCACAUUCAAAACUUGUCGAUCGAGGAUGAACUGCCGACUGAGAGCUGCCAGAACGCGAGCACAAUGCACUCCACGGCCUAGUGCAGCUGCAGCGAACCGAGCGGAGGCUCCCCAGUGACUUAAUCUGUUUCGCGUGAACGCACUGAUCUUUUGAUCCUUAUAUCCCAUUCCCCGCCGACCAAAGAGAUCUGUUCCCCGCAAAUCCCCGCGCAGAUACUCCUUGACACAAUCCAGUGCCGUCUGCGCCUCCCCAAGAUUUGGCGCCUCCCGUAGUUUCCCAGGCCGAGUUGCUUGUGAAUGCAUGUGCUCAAGGAAGGGACACGAUGCAGCUGGUCCGGGAUACUGAUCGUCGUGUUGCAGAGACAUCGCCAAGAGCUCAUCUUCGAUUUCUGGGACACUCGCUGCAUCUCGAGGAUCUUGAGCAACAAUAUGUCCUUGUCCCGUACCUUUUCUGGAGUUGGCCUAGGACUCCGUGGUCUCGGUUUCGGCGGCUUGGGAAGCUUCCAGACAAACGCAUGCCUGCCCAGCAUGCUUGAUGGACGUUCAGUAACUGCUGCUCCCGCGAGUUUGAAUGACUGCAUGCAUGUGAGAAAUGGGUCAUCAGAUGCGUCUUGUGGCACAGGAGACGUGUUUGGUAGACUCGGAGUGGGAGAUGCGUCGCACGGCGGGGAUGACGCGUCCGUUUUGUUUGGUAGACUCGGAGUGGGAGAUGCGUCGCGCGGCGGGGAUGACGCGUCCGUUUCUGAUGGGCCAGAGUGUACAUCCGUUGUUUCGGACAUGGAAAAGGGAUCGCUUGACGCGUCUUUGAUCUCCGGGUCCUCGAUAUCGGAUUCCCUCUACAGCUAAUGUUGGGAUCGCCACCGAUCGAUCAGAGCAAGCGACGCACCUGCUCUUUCUCCUUCCUCUUCUUCCUUGGUGAUGUUCCCUUCCUGGGCUUUCUAGGACUGAGCUCUUCCCAGAUUCGUUUUCCGCGGUUCCUCAGCAUGGUCUCGGCGCGAAGACGCCUCAGGUUUGAAUGUGUUCCCAUCCAGAGGUAAUGGUGGGUGAUUUUGAAUCAAGAUCAGAGAAUUCAGGACGCAAAUCUUUUCGUAUUCACACGCCGUCAGAGAUUCAAAGAUUAGAUAGGAUAUUAAGGCUUUUUAUCUACGCAGAAGGUUUAAAUACGCUCUAAAAGUCUUUUGCCAUGCAUCUCAUUUUGGACUGAUAAGAGUCAUCCGAAAGCGGUUAAAGUCACACUGCCCCACGUGACGUUCGUCGAGGAUGGAUUGGGCAUACCUUAAGUACUCGAUAUCUGUUGCAGAUCACUUCCCAGAUCAGAAAUCAAUCAACGGUCCAAGCAUCAAAAACUCGCACAGCACUCGAGCUCAGCCGAGCGCCCAGAGCAGAACAGAGCAGCGCUACUUUCGACCCCGAAUCACACGGCACCCUCCCAUUUCGAGCUAGCCCUUUCGCGUCGGCGCUGUCUAGUGUGGGUACGCACCCGCAAAUGCAUCCCUCAUAAGUAUACAAUCCAAUUGCAGGUGCUUUACCAGACCGAUCUUAUCAGUCGGAGAAACAAACACAGCACGCGUCCGAUUUUGAGGCUCCGCGUGAAUCGCCUCGGAUGGCACACCGUCUGCCGGCUCAUGCCAUGACGCACGGGGCCGC